UAGUAAGGGAGACAACUGACUGCUGCUGCUGCUGCUACCAUCUAUUACCUCUACUGUACCUUACUACUCUAUAGAAACCGGUAACAUGAAGAAAUCAAUGGAUGUUAAAAAACACAAGCUAGAAGAGAAUGAGAAGAUGUCUCUGUUCUAUGCUGAAGAAGAAGAAGUUGACAACCGAGAUGCCCACCAGGAUCUAACAUUAUACAAACGAUCUUGUUCAGAGAUCCUGAAAUUGAUCCAAGUUAUAAAAGAGUUGAAAACUAGUAAAUCAAAAGAAGCGGCUGCUGAAAUUGAGGAAUAUAAGAGUAAUGCUGUCUUGCAGUUUGUUCUUUUGAAGAAAUUGAACAGACUUGCACACAUACGCUGCAAGAAAGUUCGGGAAUCCACAAAUGAGGACAAAUUGCGAAUUGACCGUUAUCACUUACAGCUGCAGAAUCUUCUCUACGAAGCCUUACAUUUACAGAAGGAAAUUACAAAGUGCCUAGAAUUUAAAUCUAAAGAUGAAGAAGUAGAAUUGGUUCCUAUUGAAGAAUUCUAUGAAAAUGCACCAGAAGAGAUUUCAAAACCUAAAAUCACACACAAUGAUUCUCACCAACAAACUCUUGCACGUUUGGAUUGGGAGUUAGAACAAAGGAAAGAGUUAUCUGGUGAGCUGAAAAAAUCUCAAGAAAAAAGGGAAAAACUUCUAAAAGAGAUAACUGAGAGCAAAGACUAUCUUGAUAGCAUGCAACCAAAACUGAAUUCCAUUCUUCAGGCUACAAAACCAGUCCAGGAAUAUCUCAACAUGCCAUUUGAUGAAAUUCGACAAAAGCAUCGAGCUGCACGCCAUCUACCACAACCAUUAUAUGUUUUAUUCAUGCAAGCUAGCUCCUAUCAAGAAGCUUGUGAUCCAGACUUGGUGGUCAGCCUGGAAGGAGACCAUGAAGCCGCUAGAUCACUUGACAUGGAAACUGUCCUUGAAGAAUUUGAUUCUGACAGUGAUAAUGAUGAUCAAGAUAAGCAUAGUUCUAAACACAGGCGGAAAACUACUGAAUCUCGUAAAUCUGACCGCAAACUUCAAGUUCUUCGUAAACAUCCCCUUUCAGUGAUACUUGUGAUUGGUUGCAGUGAUAGCAGCUCAGUCCACCUGACAUUUAAUUAUCUUCUAAUGCUGAAUAUCAUCACUGUAAAUGUCAUGGUUCAGCCAGGACCUCAGGCACCCACAACUUCAAUAUGCGGAGGAGAUUUGUUAUCACCGGAUAAGUUUUUAGCUUACCUGUAUCCUGAGGAUCAUGGUUGUGACACUCCUAAUCCUGCAAACCAAUAUGUUCUGAAACGAUUUGGUCUUGGUGACUUUUCAAGCCACAUCAGCAUUACAGGUCGUCCUUAUUUGUGGGCCCAGUGGAUUGCAGGGCUCCAGUUUCUGAGUAAUGAUGUAAAAUCUGGCAGUUCUUUGAGUUCAAGUCACAUGCAAAACACUAUUGAGCUGCUACGACGACGCAUCCAGGCGAGACUUUCUCUUCUGAAACAACUUGUGUCUCUUGAGAGAUCAUUCAUCCCUGUCAGUGGGGAGUACACAAACCUGUAUCCUGCUAAGAUUAUCACCCACCUCACUUCCUGGAGACGUUCUACGUUUGAAGAAUUUUCCAACUUACCAUAUUGUCAGAGUCUUGUUAAAGAAGGUUUUGCUCAUGAAUCUGACAUGUUCUUCACUGCGGUUCUAGAAAGAAGUUCUGCCAAGCUUAUCUGCCAGGUUGUUGUACCACCCAAUUAUCCCGUUAUUGUUCCUAUGUUUUCACUUUGUGUACAGUGGCACACUGUAAGAACAGCUCUAAAUGAUUAUCAUGUGCAGGAAAUGGAAAGUGAAGUGAAUGUUCAUUAUGAAGAAUUAAUACUGCAGCAAUCUCGGGACCAAAUACUUUCAAACCAACUGCAGCGAUUAACCAUGUGCUUUGACGUCUAUCUGGAAACAGAAGCUAAAAACAUGGCUAGAGAAGGCCCUGUGGAAAUAUCACGAGAGAAGAUUUAUCCACGUCUUGCAAGGGGUCCAAACCGGAAUAAACCAUUCAAAUAUGAUUCCCAACUUGGAAUUUUCACUCACAGAUAAAAGUUUUUGUUGUUUUUUUUUUAAAUAAAAUAAUCUGAAUCUUU